UGCGCUUCCGGAACAUUUCAUCAUUUCAACACAAUCUUUCAAUUGGUUUGACCAGCGUCUUCAUGACAAGGACUCAGUUGCCAACAUUAGCAUGUUGAAAUUGAAUCAGUUUAGCAUGUUGAAGUGACAGAAAGAUAUUGACAUGAAACCAGUGAGCGACAUUAAAAUUUUGACAUGAAAGCAGUGAAUGACAUUAGCAUGUUGAUGUGAAAGCAGUUGGGCCCAUUAGCAUGCUGAUGUAAAUGUUAGCUACAUUACCGUUUUGACAUGGAAACUAUUAGCUACAUAAGCAUAUCAACAUUUGCCUGUUGAUGUGAAAGCAGUUGGCUUCAUUAGCAUGUUGACAUGGAAGCUGUUAGCUACAUUACCAUCAUAACAUUUUCAGGUGAAAGCAACAACAUUAUCAUGUUGCCAUGGAAGCAGUUAGCUACAUUAGCAUGUCAACAUUUGAAUGGUAAUGUGAAAGCAGUUAGCAGCAUUAGCAUGUUGAUGUGAAAGCAGGUAGCCACAUUAGCAUGUUGAUGUGUGAAAGUAGUUAGCAACAUUAGCAUGUUGACGUGGAAGCAUGGGGACCACUGUACCUUUGCUUAAAUUGCCUGUAAAGUGAAUAUAAAAGGUCUUAUAAAUUUGACACACCACAGAGAAGAGUGUUGACUUUCCCUGAAGUGUCUGUAUGACAAAAACAAGUGUGGCGGUGACCUUUUCAAGAUGCAGAGGACGGUCAGUGGGCUAGCGAGCUAGCAGACUAGCGAGCUAGCUAGCAAGCUGGUGAGCGGACUGCGGACCACCAUUGGUGGCGUCCAAUAAAUCACCACCUCGCUCAGUUUUGUGCCAUGUGUGGGUCUACAUAACAUACCAAUCUAUCGAACUAAGAAGGUAGUGGGUGAGGCGGAUAGCAAGGAGACCAGCAGCUGGGUUGUCUGGGAUGACAGCGUUCAGUACUUCUAUGGUGGGGGAUUUAUGCGGUGGGGAGGGCCGACUCAUGCCAGAAAGGCCUAGUGCAUACUUGCGCUUGGUUUUAGCCACGCCUCAAAAAUCCAAACAACUUAAAUGGUGAAAAAGAGUUCAACGCUAUCGCUCAACAAUGCAGUACCAGUACUAAAUUGUUCUCAGUGUUUGCACGGUUUCAGCACAUAUCGUCAAACAUUUUUAAUGUAUUUAGAAACAAAUCAGUCUUUAAAUACAGAGUGUGAGUACUUUUGUACAGGAAGUGUAUCGUCGUCCUCGUUGCAUGUGAACGUCUCGGACGUGGUCAGCGUGCUGCGAGGACAAGACGCAGUCCUGGGCUGCUCCUUCACUCAUCCCAAACAGGAUGCCACCAGCAUCAUGGUGAGCUGGACCGCCAGACUCCCCACCGUGAGGCCAUUUUUCCAGUGUGUACUAAAGAACGACAUGCCAACUGCGCCCACCGACUGUUUGGGCUUGGAUCGCUUCUCGUUGACCCGCGACCUCCGCAAAGGCGAGUUGUCGCUCCUUAUCAGAGGCGUCGAGGUGAACGAGGAUGGUGUUUACUUCUGCCAUGUGGUGUCGGAUGGAGGCCGGAUGCAGAGGAAGGAGUUGACUCUGAAAGUACAAGUGAAGCCUUCAAUCCUGAGCCUGUCAUUGGUCAAUGGCAGCUCCAGCGCCCCCCACAGGCUGCAGUGUGUGGCGGAGGGCAAACCACUACCCAACAUCACCUGGCUGUCGGCCUCCGGGGUCCGGUUAGCGUCGGCGUUACCUGUGCAGGUGCAGACCUCAAUGGCAGGUCUGAACCUAAGCAGCUCUGUCCUGUACGACGAGCAACAGGGUGAGCUCACCUGUCGGGUGGAGAGCGUGCUGGGGCGGGCCGAACAGAAGUACCCGCCUGCGAACAUGGCCAGGCGCGCGGCCCUGAUAUGCGGCGGCGUCGCUGGAGCGCUGCUGCUGUUGGCCGUGUGUGGUGUUGUCAUCCAUCGGCUGAGGCUCAGAGCAGAGGCAGGACCCCUGCAUUCCUCACAUAAUCCCGACAGCAGCGCCGAUGAGGUUCAGACUGUUUAUGCCAUUGUUGGUUUUCCUGAGGCCUGUGAAGGUGUGUCGUCCACACAUGUUCACACACAGGGACAAGCUCUUUUGUACUCGACUGUGAAACUCAACUAAUCAUCUUCAUCUCCUUCAUCAUCCGAGAAGUUGUCAUCUCCAAGCUUCACUGGCGGCGGAGUCUAAAUAAAAAUUUUGCUUACA